GGAAAGGAUGGGAUUUGAAUGGUGAAGAUGAAAGGGGUCAUACCGGAAUGAAGCAAAUUACGAAGGAAAGUGGACUAUAGAAACUUUCAAUUCUUUUAGUUUUGAGUUUUUUUGAAGGGCCCUCUCCUUCACGGCUGCCCGGCCACUAGGUAGGCGUUAAUUAUAUUAGCUCCCUGCUUCUAUAUAUAUCACACAUUAUAGUCUUAUUUUAGAGAGAAGAAGAAGGGGAGUAAAGAUCUAGCAUCUAUCUCAGAUUCUCAGAAAGGAGGGGAAAUGUCAUCAGAAAGCUAGCUAGAUAUAUAGAAGCAAUAAGCUAAUUAAGGAGUUUAAGGCAACAGAAUGCUUCCCAACAACGAGCAAGAAAGAGAUAUGCUGCAUGAUAAAAUGCAACUUCUUCGAUCCAUCACCAACUCUGACGCUAUGAGUGAAACAUCAAUCAUAAUGGAUGCGUCCAAGUAUAUCCAAGAAUUGAAGGACAAGGUUGGAAGAGCUAACCAAGAUUUGGAAUUCGCAGCUGCCUCUCUAAUUUCAACAAACAACAAUACCAACUCUUCAUCGCCAUCUUGCCCGAAAUUUUCCGUAGAAUACCUAGAAAAAGGUUUCUUUGUGAAGGUAUACUCAGAAACAAGUUGUCCUGGUCUUCUUGUUGCUUUACUUGAAGCUUUUGAGGAGUUGAGUCUUAAUAUUCUAGAAGCUAGAGUUUCUUCUACGGACAACUUUCACCUACAAGCAAUUGGUGGAGAGAAAAAAGAAGACAAUGAAGAUGGUGGGAUGAAUACAGAAGUGGUGAUAGAAGCACUUCAAAGAGCAAUAAAAAAUUGGUGUGAGAACAACUAAGGUCAUCAAUAAUUGCUCAAAAUAUUCAUGUUCGUUUAAUUUUAAACUUGUUGAUUGUGAAACUAGCACUCUAGCUAGAAAGCUAGGGUUAAGUAGUUUAGUUAUAUAUAUGGACUUUGUAAUCACUUGUUAUUCAAUCAUGGUAAGUUGGUAAUCACCAACUUU